GAUUUGCUUCAUUUUAAUUCUAAUUGUUUAUCAAUUCGAUUUCGUUCAUCAAGUUAAUUUAAUUGUUUUUCGUUUCUGAAGGUGAACCAAGUUAAUUUGUUUUUCUCUCUGUGAAAUUUGGAUCAAUAAAAUAAUAAUUAUGGGUGAAAAUCCAAAGGAGUUUCUUUAUGCUUGGUUAGGAAAACAAAAAAUCUCACCGGUGUAUGAUUCAUGUAACAUGCCAGGUCCAAAGAAUAAAUUUAAAUGUGAAGUUAAAGUUCCUACAUAUGGUUAUGUAGGUAUUGGAAUAUCUACAAAUAAACGAGAUGCUGCUACUAAUGCAGCUCGAGAUUUUAUCAAUUUUCUCAUAAGAGAGGGACGGGUUGAUCCAUCUUCUUUAUCUCUAAGUGGUAAUUCUGGUGGUGACAAUUUUGGAUCAAGAGGUGACCCUGGUUUGGUUAGAAAUGAUUCAGGUUGUGUCACUGGUGUUGGUAUUGGUACAUCAAACUAUGGAUCUGCUUCUGGCUAUGGACCUAUGAUUAGAGGCUAUGGACCUAAUUAUCGACCACCGCCACCACCAUCACAGGAUCGUAGACAUAAUCCUGGCUUUAUUAACAUUAAGGAAACCUUUAAUCAAGAUUAUAUUGAUCGUGUUGCUCAGAAAAGGAAAUUUGAAGAAGCUGAGGAAUUGGAUGUUAAUUCUAGUAUUCAUGGAAAUUGGACUUUAGACAAUUGUAAACAGCAACUUCAUGUCUUCGCUCAAGCAAAUAAGCUUAAAUUAGAUUAUAAAUAUAAUCCCGUUGGACCAGCUCACAAUAGGAGUUUCUGUUGCGAGAUAACAUUUUACGUUAAACAACUUGGACGAAAUGUUACAGCCCGAGAAAAUGCUUCGACCAAACAGUUGGCAUCAAGAGCUUGUGCUCUAUCGUUGAUGAGACAAUUAUAUCAUUACGGAGUAAUUGAAGCUUUUAACACAACGGGAGAAAGCAAGAAGAAAACAGCGACAAAGGUUGAUACUUAUGGUUUUGACUUUCCCCAAGAUCUUUUACAAGAGAUUAAUGAAGUUAUCGCUGAAAAUGGACUUAAACGAUGUCCAGUUCGUAUUCCUUCUGGUUUACCGAUGUGCGAAGGUGGAUCUGUUGAUGAUCAGCUUGUCUCUCUGGUUCCCGAACAUGAAGUUGUCCUUAAUCGAGAACCAGUUAGCAGUCAAAGUUGUGUUAGCUGGUGUCCACCGAUUCCUAAUUGGGAUGCUUGGAAAGGCUGUAAUAUUGACGAAGGGCAAAUUAGUAAAUUAAGUUUGCAACAAUUGAGUGAAGGUCUUUACGAGAAUUAUGAAUCAAAUAAAUCUCGCUGUCCACCUGAAGAAGGUCGUAUCUAUCGAGAGAGAUCUCGAUUACCUGUUUGGACUUGCCGGGAAAAUAUUAUUGAUUCUAUUAAUAAUAAUCCGGUGACAAUUAUUCGUGGAUCCACUGGUUGUGGUAAAACAACCCAAAUACCUCAGUUUAUCUUGGAUGAUCACAUUGCAAGAGGAAUUGGUGCUGAGUGUAAUAUUAUUGUUACCCAACCUCGACGUAUCAGUGCCGUUUCAAUUGCUGAGCGACUUAUCCAAGAGCGAAGUGAAUUUCUUGGGCAAAAUGCUUCCGUUGGUUAUAGUGUUCGUUUCGAAUCGAUUACACCUCGUCCUUAUGGUGCAAUUCUAUUUUGUACCAUUGGUGUUUUAUUGCGAAAACUUGAAAAUGGACUUCGUGGUAUUUCCCAUGUUAUUAUCGAUGAGGUUCACGAACGUGAUGUUAAUACUGAUUUCUUAUUGGUUGUAAUUCGUGAUAUGAUUAAUAACUUUCCCAAAUUACGAAUUAUAAUUAUGUCGGCUACAAUUGAUACAACCAUUUUUCAGGACUAUUUUGGAGGUUGUCCAGUUAUCGAGAUCCCCGGCCAAACUCAUCAGGUUCAAGAAUAUUUUCUCGAAGAUUGUGUUGAAAUUACUCGAUUCAGACCAGUACCAAAAGAUCGAAAAAAACGUCACGAUGAUGAUCUUCUUUCCGAAGAACCGGAAGAAAAUUUGAAUGCUAAUGUUUCUACGAACUAUUCAUCAGAAACCAGAUAUGUCAUGAGUCAAUUAAGUGAACGGGAGAUACACUUUGAACUAAUCGAAGCGUUACUUGGUUAUAUUAAGAACAUGGAACUUGAUGGCUCAGUUUUGAUCUUCUUGCCUGGUUGGGGUCAAAUUUUCUCCCUGGUCAAGCAUCUUGAGGCGAAUCCUUUUUUCAAUUCUCCGCGAUUCCGAAUUUUACCUCUUCAUUCACAAAUACCUCGAGAUCAACAGAGAAAAGUUUUCGAACCUGUUCCCAACGGAGUGACAAAGGUUAUCCUUUCAACCAAUAUCGCUGAAUCAAGUAUAACCAUUGAUGAUGUCGUUUUUGUCAUCGAUACUUGUAGAGUUAAGAUUAAACUAUUCACCUCACACAACAAUAUGACCGUUUACAAUACCGAUUGGGCUUCGAAAACUAAUCUUAAACAAAGACGAGGUCGAGCUGGUAGAGUUCGAGCGGGUCAUUGUUUCUUUCUCUGUUCACGAGCCCGUUAUGAGCAAUUGGAAGAGUUUCAUUCAGCUGAGAUAUUCCGUACUCCCCUUCACGAAUUGGCACUCAUGGUAAAAUUACUUCGACUUGGCGCUAUUACCACUUUUCUCUCAAAAGCAAUUGAACCACCUCCAAUUCAUUCAAUCAUCGAAUCAGAGGUUUUACUUAGAGAUCUGAAAGCUUUGGAUGAGAGAAGUGAACUUACAUCUCUUGGACGUAUUCUCGCCCGAUUACCUGUCGAACCUCGAUUGGGUAAAAUGUUAAUUCUCUCAUGUAUCUUUCAACUUGGUGGAAUGAUGUCAAUCAUAAUCGCUAACACUUCUACCUUUCCGGAAGUUUUUGACACUACGUUUCCACGACGAUUACCGUACAUUCACAACAGGUAUCGAAAAGAUCGUUGGUCAGAUCAUAUCUCCAUUUUAAACGCUUAUAUUAGCUGGGAAAGAGUAAAGUAUGGCUCCGGAGAAAUGGCAGCGGUUGAUUUUUGUGAGAGAAAUGCAAUUAUGUCGACUGUCAUGAGAGUGACACAUGAUACAAAAAAUCAAUUAAUAGAUUUGAUAAAAAACACUCAUUUUCCUGAUGCAACUUAUUCCAAGUUUGAUCUUUACGAUUCGGAUAUUGAUUUACUUCAAGGAUUACUUACUCUUGGCUAUUAUCCUAAUGUUUGUCUUCAUAAGGAUAAGAGAAAAGUGUUGACCACCGAGGCCAAGAUUGCGCUCAUGCACAAAACAUCAGUUAAUUUUACCAAUCUACCACCAGACCAAUUUCCUUCACCAUUUUUCAUUUUUGGUGAAAAAAUCCGAACCAAAGUUGUAUCUUGUAAACAAUUAUCCAUGGUGACACCAAUUCAUUUGAUGUUAUUUGGAAGUAAACGAAUUGAUGUUCGCUCUGAAAGACUUGUUCAACUGGACCGUUGGAUGGAUCUCGAAAUGAAUCCAGAAGUUGCCGCUUCGAUUGCAGCUCUUCGACCUGGUAUCGAAAAUCUUAUCCUUAAAGUAUCAGAGAAUCCGGAAGCUUGUCUAGAAUUGAGUAAACCUGAGAUAAAACUCAUCGAAGUGGUUCGCAAAUUGAGUUCUUAUAAUCUAAUAACGCUUCAAAAGAAACCACCUCGAUUUUGAUCACGUCAAACGAGUGGCAACUAUAAAAUUACACUCCCAAACCAAAUGGAGACAAUUUCAAGAAUCAAUUAAAUUGUUGAUUAUCCUAAGACUCAUAAUAUCAUUAAUAUGAAAAUCAAAUUUAUACACACACACAUACACACUACAAGAUAUCAUUUUAAUCAACCAUUCGUACCUUGUCAAUUACAAUUCACUAAAUUGGUUGAUAUUAUAAUUUCCUUAAGUUAAUUUCAGAGACAAAUUGUCAAAAUUAAUAAUCAAAACAACAAAAUAAUGUAAUAAUUUUCAAUCAAAUUGUCCUAAUUAUAAAUAUAUAUUACUCUUGAUAUAAAAGAAACUUGAUAUUGUUUCAUGAAACAUGUUUCUUUUAGAUCAAUCAUCUAAUAAUAAUAAUUACCUGUAA